AUGGACAUAGUAUUAGAUUUUGCCGACGAAUAUUUCUUUAACGACCUUUACGUGCGUUUUUUUCCUGUUUCCUUGACGAACAAUAGCACAUUCGAAAUUCCUAACAAGAACCUUUCAACACUCCCGCGAGAUAAUGUCUAUAGACAAUUUCUUACAUUAUUUAUUCUUACCACCGUUUUCGCCUACUUCUUCUACUUCUUUUUCUCAACCAUCUCUUACAUAUUCGUAUUUGACAAAGAACUAAUGAAGCACCCUAAAUUCAUUAAGAAUCAAAUUCGCAAAGAGAUAAGGCUUUCUGUUUUAGGAUUCCCAUUGACAAGUUUAGUCACUGUACCCUGGUUUCUCGGGGAAGUAAGAGGGCAUUCGAAGUUGUAUGAUGAUAUAAGCGACUACGGUUGGCAGUAUGGCUUAUUCUCAAUUGUGUUAUUUCUAUUCUUCACCGACAUGUGCAUUUAUUGGAUUCAUAGGUGGUUGCACCACCCGUUAAUCUACAAAACUUUGCACAAGGCUCAUCAUCGCUGGAUCAUUCCGACACCGUAUUCGUCACAUGCAUUUCAUCCACUAGAUGGCUAUUUUCAAUCGUGCCCUUAUCAUUUAUUUGUUUAUAUUUUUCCCUUGCAAAAGUGGAUUUACAUAGGUCUGUUUGUGUUCGUUAACAUUUGGACAAUCAUGAUUCAUGACGGUCAAUUCAUCUCAUCCGGAUCGUUUAUUAAUGGCGCAGCACAUCACGCUGUUCAUCAUCUAUACUUUAAUUACAAUUAUGGUCAGUAUUUUACUAUUUGGGACAAGCUCGGGUGCAGCCAUCGUCUUCCCGGUGAGGAGCAAUUGAAUAGUAAAUUGAGGAGGGACGAGAAGGUUUGGGAAAAACAAUCCACUGAAGUAUUUGGUCUCUUUCUUAAUGAAACUUUGACUUUCCCUGUUCGGAUCAAUGGGGCCAAUGUUACCCGAGCGAACUUCGUGCGAUAUUAUGUAAAUCUUCUUUCGCAGGUUAAGAAAUUGAACAUGUCCGUGAACUCACAGUCACAAGAUUUUUCCAUUCAACCUCAAAAAACAACGCCUGCCUUAAAUACUUCUGAAUGGCCAUUAUUGCUGAAAAAUUACGAUAAACUUCACGUCCGCACCGGGCAUUAUACGCCCGUCACCCAUGGUUGCUCUCCACUUAAGCGGGAACUCGGAGAGUACAUAAGAUACGGCAUUAUUAACCUUGAUAAACCCGCGAAUCCUUCUUCACAUGAAGUAGUUGCAUGGGUCCGUCGUAUACUCGAAGUUGAAAAAACCGGACAUAGUGGCACAUUGGAUCCAAAAGUUACCGGUUGUUUGAUAGUUUGUAUCGAUCGUGCCACGAGAUUGGUUAAAUCCCAACAAAGAAAGGAAUAUGUAUGUGUUAUUCGAUUUCAUGAUGCGCUUAGUUCACCGAGAAAAUUUGCCUCGGCUUUGGAAACUCUUACGGGUGCUCUUUUCCAACGUCCGCCUUUAAUAUCAGCCGUCAAACGGCAAUUACGCAUAAGAACCAUCCAUGAGAGCAAGUUAAUCGAGUAUGAUCAAGUUCGUCAUCUAGGAGUUUUUUGGGUUAGUUGCGAGGCUGGGACCUAUAUUCGCACAUUAUGUGUUCAUCUGGGUCUUAUUCUCGGCGUUGGAGCUCAUAUGCAAGAACUUCGUCGCGUUCGUUCCGGUGCAUUGUCCGAAAGUGAUGACAUGGUCACGAUGCAUGACGUAUUGGACGCCAAAUGGAUGCAUCAAACCACUAAAGAUGAAAGUUAUCUCAGAAGAGUUAUUCGUCCACUCGAAACCCUUCUCACGACUUACAAACGGAUCGUAGUCAAAGAUAGUGCUGUUAAUGCUAUAUGUUAUGGCGCAAAAUUGAUGGUACCAGGUCUACUUCGAUACGAGGAAGGAAUCGAGUUAAACGAGGAAGUUGUCCUUAUGACUACAAAGGGAGAAGCCAUUGCUCUCGGAAUCGCACUGAUGACAACAGCAGUAAUGGGAACUGUCGAUCAUGGAGUCGUCGCUAAAAUUAAGCGCGUAAUCAUGGAACGGGACACUUAUCCGAGAGUUUGGGGGUUAGGUCCUAAAGCCACUGAAAAGAAGAGAUUGAUUUCUGAAGGUAAAUUGGACAAAUACGGGCGCUCCAACGAUAACACUCCCGAACACUGGAAGAGAUCUUAUGUAGAUCUACGGGAUGUCGGCACAAGAAAUGAUCCCGUUCAAUCGACGCCCGAAGAGUCAAAACCCUCCGGGCUUGUAUCCACGGAAUCAACUUCACAACCUCAAAAUUUAAUUCAAGAAAUACAACCGGAAUCUUCAAAAAAGAGGAAAGCUGUGGAUGAAUCUGUUGAAGAAGAAAAGUCAUCCAAGAAAGAGAAGAAAAUCAAAAAACCAAAAGUCAAGGAACAUAUCCAAUCGGAAUCAAGCACGACGAGUAUAAAUACAGCGAAAAGAAAAUCGGACUCUGAUGAUAACGGUGAUGAUCAAAUGGAAGGUUCGACUGCGGAAAAAUCUUCAAAGAAAAAGGUGAAAAAGGAAAAGAAAACAUCUGAAAAGGAACGAGAAGAAAACGAUGAUAACA